GUUCAUGGCAAUAAUAAAUUUUAACAUACAAAACCAGAGACAAAAGCAUAGAGAAAGAAUAUUGUGAGACAGAGAAAAGAAAUGAGGAGACCGUUCGUAUUCAACAAAGAGUAAUUGUUAUUUUCACAGAACAAAUGCAAUACCUGUUCAUCGUUCUUUUCACCGUUGUUCGUAGAAUCAGCGAAGAAUUCCCGAAGAAAGACGCGCCAUCGUUGGCUAACGGUUUCAGGACCUCGGUUUUGUAGAAAAAGAAAAGCCAUUGCGAGACCCGUUACUAGUGGGCUACGUUCCAAGAAGACGUCGUGGCAAAUACUUCCAGCCUCGUCAGUUAGACGGGAUUGCAUAAUUACACCGCGACAACUAACGUCUAUUCUUUCGUCCACGAGAAUCGAAGGUCCGCCUAAUCGUUCCUGAAAUAUGUGUUUGCGCGAGAGCAGACCUGGUGGAACCGGCUUUGUGAACGAUUACGGGAAGAGGAACGAUGCCUUCGUUUUGCGCAUUUCAUAAUCGCACGUUCAGAGAUGCUCGGUCUCACAUUUACUUUGAUCACGAUUCACGCAUCAUAUGAGCGAUCAGUAAUUGGUGUUGAAUGGAAAUCACUAUGUAAUCCACAUUGUUAAAGCAAUGACGUGCACUGGUAGCUUUUGAAAUAUUUUGAAAUAUUCAGCGAUAAUACGUAAUGUUUUUAUUUAUUCAAACUCAUAAUUAGAAACACCAAACGUUGUUCGUUUCACUUCACGAACUCUUGCGUUUCAUACAUAACUUUUAAUAAUUAAAAGACAAUUAAUGUGAUAUGUAUAAAUUUCAAGAUAUAAGAUGAUAGGAUAAUAAGAUGAUAAAAAGAUGAUAAUGUGACAUGUAAAUUUAUCUUAAUGAAUAUUCAAUGUACAUAAAAUGACGAAAGAAGAAAUUGCUUGAGAGCCAAUAAACACACAGCACCGACGCAUCCACCAGCAUCCACCGCUUCUGCUCUAACUGUUAACCGCAGAGCAUGAUUUAAAUUGAAGAUAUUACAGCUCUUUUAAUCCGUUAACUGCGCGUUUGGUUCAAGACAUCAUUGGCAUUCCACGGUGCCGAGAGACCCCGCUGUGGCGACGUUCCCGAAGGGUCUGGCCUUCUCCAGUCUGGAAGUACCGUUCAUCCUGAAGUUGCAUAAUGGAUCUUGCAUUUCUGGUUCUUGGUCGCGCCGACGAUGAGCUUGCCAAGAGAUUCGUAGGCGCAUGAUUGACCAAUGACCACCGUCUGCACGGCCGGGAUGUCGGGCCAUCGAGAGUACCGUAAGAGUACUAACACAUGGGUAACACAGAGGGGAUAAGACCGCUCGGUCAACGCUCCUGCUUAAUGUAUAUAAAGGUUGGAGCCUCUCCGGAUGUUCGAGGCAGAUCGUCAUCAGACAUGUUCGGGAAAAUCGUCCUAGUGCUCUCGGGCCUGGCCUGGGCCAGCGCCCAGGUCCCCAGUCUCGGCUUUUGCCCGGAAUACAUACCUAUGGUGAACUUCAACAUGCAAAGGUUCAUGGGUGUUUGGUAUGAGGCCGAGAAAUACUUCCAACUUAACGAGGUGGUGUCUCGAUGCGUCAUGACGAAUUAUACCAAAGGUAUCGAUGGCAAAUACCGCGUGAGCAAUCAAGUAACGAGUCGUUUCACCGGCAUAAAGAGGAUACUGGAGGGUGAAAUCAGACCCCCAGCUUCCAAGGCGGAAGAGGGUAAAAUUCAAGUUAAAUAUACUACGGUUCCACUGACUCCGGAAACCAAAUAUUCUGUACUCGAAACGGAUUACAACUCGUACGCCGUUUUGUGGAGUUGUCAAGGUCUCGGACCAGUCAAUACACAAAAUGCAUGGGUCAUGACGAGGGAACGAAUACCAUCCGGCGAAGUGCUCCAAAAGGCUUACGGUGUUCUUGACAAGUACAAGAUAUCGAAGACAUUCUUCGUGAGAACGGAUCAGACUGAUUGCGCUUACCUGGAGGCGCCACCAGUGGAGCAGCCUACCACGGAGAAGCCGAAACGGUCGUCGACGAAACAGCCGACGAGACAGAAACCACAAAAACCGACUGAAGCGGAUGAGAGCUACAGGUCGGCUAUCGAUCAGAAAGAUAUCGAUGUGGAAAAGAAAGCAGAAGUCGAAGUUCCGAAUGUAAAGGCGACUCCGAUAUCCGAUGUUCCCAAGAUAAUAGUGGAGGAAUCCGUGGAGCCUGUACAGACUGCGGAAACCGUUCCCGAACGGAUUUUGAAAAUAGCUGAAGCGAUAAAGGAGGAAGAGAGCGAUGCUAAGAUUGAAAAGGAAAUUGACGAAGUUAGGAAGGAGAAUAUCGUGGAAAACGCGAAUGAAGAGAAGAAUGAACAACAUCCAAAAAAAAGCAUGUUGCGAAUAUUUGUAAUUAUUGGCAUCGUGAACACUGCGAUGGCCCAAGUGCCGUUUUUAGGAAAUUGUCCGAACUUAGAAGCAAUGCAAGGUUUCGAUCUUGAAAAGUAUUUGGGAAAAUGGUACGAAGUCGAGAGAUACUUUGCUUGGUUCGAAUUCGGUGGGAAAUGCGUGACGGCUAAUUACAGUUUGAACGAGGACUCCUCGAUGAAGAUAAUCAAUAAGCAAAUAUCUUCGUUAACUGGAGUCGCAUCGAGUAUCGAGGGCAUCGGCAGGUUAAUUGGCAAAUCCAAUGACCCUAAACUAACGGUCACUUUUCCAUCCUUGCCGCUACCAAUCGACGCACCUUACUGGGUUCUCCACUCGGACUACAAUACGUAUGCAGUAGUAUGGAGCUGCACAAAUCUCGGAGUGUUGAACACGCGUAACGUUUGGAUUUUGACACGAGAACCAAAACCACCAAUCCCAGUUCUGGAGAAAGCUUACCAAGUUAUAGAUAAGAACAACAUCAGCAGAGCAUACUUCAUUCGUACGGAUCAGAAGAAUUGUCCAGCCUCGUAUUAAGAAUGAUUUUACGCCACUCGAGCACUCUAUGAAAAUACUUUCAAAGUCAAAAUCCUGUUUUUUGCAAUAUGAGUCUGCAAUACGAUUCUUUGAAUUGCGAAUUGAAAUAUUUAUAACCAGCGAUGACAUGACUGCUGGCUUUGAUCAUGAUCGUGCAGAUCUUAUGAUUUUAUAAUCAACACUGCAAGUACUUGAAUUAACCAAUAUAGACUUCCAAUUGAAAGUCAAAUCAACUACUGCAUAAAUUUCUAUUUUCAGAAUUAUAGCUUCUCGUUGAUUUUAAUUUUUAUUGAUUUUGAACGCGAUAGAUACGAAGAAUUAAACAAAAAUAAAGUUUAAAGAAAUAUUAAAUAAUAUCUUGAAUUUCAUUAAAUUAAUCGGGAGAAGCAUUGUGUUACACGCAAAAAAGAAAAGAUACAAUUAUGUGUAAUUAUAUUGAUAGUAUUUUGGAUGUAAGAUAUAAAUUUUCUUGCAUUUUUCUUGAUGCAUAAUUGAUGAGUGGGAAGAGGAAAAAUAAAAUUCAGAAUAUCUUUGUCCGAGAUACGAUAUAAAUUACAAUACUAGUCUUAGAAAAAUCCGAGUCUGAAAAUAUGCAGAUUCUGCUGAGAAAAAGUUUAUUUUUUAAAUGUUCCAUUUAAUUUAUUUGCAUAUUUAAAGAUUACAGUGUAUAUUAGCGUGUCUGGAUGUGAGUAAAAAAUCGAUUAAAGUGUUAACCAUGAGUAUGUGUAGUUGUAUUCUUAUUUUUAAAACUAUUUAUGUUUAAUAAGUAUUUGUUAUUUAUGAGUAAAUGCUUUUUCAAUGCAAGUUUAAUUAAAAUAUGACAUCGUGUUUGAAUAAUUGUUUUGUUUGUUGAAAAUAUAUGAUUAAGACUGACAAUUACGUGCUAAUUUGGAAAUUGUUACAAACCUUUAUGAAUAAAAAUGAUUUAUGUUCA